AUGUCUAAUAAUAUAAUGAAUAUCUUCAGUGACUCCAAACUAUCGUUGACGCGGUCUCUGAAGAAUCACUUGUUUGUCGGUAACAAUUUCGGGAUCAUCAAGGUUGUCGAUUUGCAUCACAAGGAAAAUGAACCAGAAGUUUUGGAAAUCGCUGACGAAUUGACCAAUUUUGAAAUCCGCCAUAAUUUGAUCGCUCUCACCACUGCCGAAGGCGAUUUCCUCGUAUAUCGAAUCAAUGAAUCAUUAUCCAACGUGGAAGCCUCGUUGAAGUGCUAUAGAUCCGAACUACCGUUGAGAGACGUGGUGUUUUUAGAUAAUCAGCAUGUAGUGGUUGGCGGGGACGAUAGCCAGUUAAUCUUGAUCAAUCUUUCGAAAUUGAUCGCCAGCAAUGACCUGAAACUAUACCAUUGGUCAAUAGACUCUUUUGAUGACAAAGAAAACAUUAUCAAGAUCGAUAUCCCUGAUCAGAUCCGUUCCAUCACUUACAAUGAGAAAGAAAGUGUCUUGGCCGCCACUCUUUCGUGUGGUGAUAUCCAAAUAUUCAAAUACAACAAACAUGAUCUGGAAACCCCAUUGACUACAGUACUGGCGGUGAGUGACUACUAUGGGAAAUACGUUUACAUUCCAGGAGACGAAGAAGUCGGUAACCUUGACAAUUUGGCCAAGGGUAAUGCGUCUUGGAACCCAAGUAAACCUAAGAGCAUCACCGUUAUAAACAAGGCCAAUGAUAUUAACUUGCACGAUAAUUAUGCCGAUGUGGGGAAAUCUGUCGACCCGUCGUUGUCAUUAUCGGGGUAUCACAAGUCGGAAGUGAUAGAGAUCCAAUACUGUCCAUUCAAUUAUCAAUACUUGGCAUCGAUUGACUAUGAAAACCGCUUAAUUGUUUGGAAUUUGGGUACCAAAAAACCGAUUUUCAAUAAAGAGUUGAAAUCUGCUACCGAUGAGAACUGUCAUUUGAAAAAUAUUUCUUGGAGUUGUUUGGAUAACACUAAUGUCAUUGUGUCUGUGGGUACCACUACCGGGAACAUUUUCAUGUUCGAUUCACUUGUGGAAAUUGAAGCUUCGACGACGGCAAAGAAGUUUGACUUCCAAGAAGAAGAUGAUGACGACGAUAUUGAUUUCUCAGAUGAUAAUGAAUCACUUCAUUCUCAAAACAAUAAUAAUAUAUCUCUGACGCGGAUCACGAAUUUGAAAAGAACCAGAGCCGAUUUUGAAUCAGAUUCGGAAGUUGAUUUAUCAGAUGAGGAAAACAACCUUGAGGAUACUCUUGCCAUACUCAGAAAAUCGGCCAAUGUAUUACCUAGCUAUUCUUUGAAACCUUAUUGUGUCGGGGUUUCUCCUUGGGUCAACAAUAAACGAUACUUGACCAUCAAUGAAAUCGGGUAUGUUUACGCUGAAAGAAAUGUCGAAGACAAUACUCAGACCAUCAAUGUCAAAUUCCACGAUUUUGGAACCUCCAAGAAUAUUGACUACUAUCUUGUCGAUGGCGUUGGCUAUGAUCUUGCUUAUUUGAAUGAUGAAGGGGUGCUAUUUGCGAAAUCAGCGUUUAUCGACGAAGCUGAAGAUUUGUUUGGUACCAGCUUCACCAACUUGUCUUCUUUCAAACAAGCUAAAAUAUAUUAUAGACCACAUAAGGGAGAAUCGGACAGUUGGGACAAAUUAUUACCAAUCAAAAAUUACUUUGCUGAUAAGCGCAAUGAUAACGACAAAUCAAAACUAUACCCGAACGAGUUCAUCACCAAUAUCAACAUGGCGAAACGAUUUAUUUUUGUGUUCACCAAUCAAGGGCAUACCAGAAUCCUAACGAAAUUCGGUCUCCUAAUAAAAAUCGAGAAAUCUUUACCGGUUAUUGCCUCGAUAUCGAACUCCAGGAUUUUGUUCACCAUUACCAGUAGUUUGAACGGCAGAGAGUUCCAAUACAGUAUUAGAGACUUGAUCACUACCAACCAACAAAAUUAUAUCGAGAAGAACCAGUUAUUACCAAUAGAUUAUUUGUCAAAUAAGCUUCUAGACGAUACCAAGAACUUUGAUAAAUUACUUGUGAGGUUCCAAGACUAUGAGAAAAAGAAUACAUUGAGCGGCGAAGAGUUUGACAUUGGGUUGAAUAAAGGUCACAAACAAAUGUUUGAUGAUCUAGUUUAUAAAAGCUCUUGUUAUUUACUAAAAGGGUUAUUCUUCAACAACUAUGGCGAUCCCUGUUUUGUCGAUAAUAGCAAUUACUUGUUCAUUCUCAGUAAGUGGAAGAAAUCGUCGCAAGGAGUGGUGAUACCAUUAUUGAAUUUGAACGAGAUUUUGUUGACCAAAUCGCAUUUGAAUUACGUUCCAAUUAGUUUGGUAGAUGAGCAAUUUAACGUUUGCAUUUUCACCGCAAACAAAGAGAUUUCUCACAAAGAGAUAUCUGAUCAUAUUUAUCCGAUUCCCCUACCUGAGCCAACGGAAAUCAGUAUCAGAAUUCCUAUCAGUUUGAAUGUUGAUAUGAAAGUGGUCAAAGAACAACAAAGGGCUCGCAGAGAAGAAGAGCAACAACAACAGGACGAGGAGAAUUUCAUUGAUGAUGGCGACGAUGAUGAUGAAAACGAUGAUCUAUUAAGCGAUUCAGAUGAUGAAGAGUUGGAAGAAAGUUUGAGACAAGAGUUAGCAUCAGAAGAAGGGUUCCUACGGGCAAAGCUCAUGGGAGAUUUGAUUAACGAGUCUAUUGAUAGUCACAAUUUGUUUCAAAGAACCAUCACCAACAAAUUCAAAAUUCACAAGAAAACCAAACGGAUGCUUGCAGAAGCCGAGGAUGAUGAUUACUAUUUGAAUGACCUUGAUUUGAACUUGUCGGACAAUGAAAUUGAAAACGACGGCGACGAGUUGAAAUUGAAAAAUGAUCAAUUCGAUAUCAAUGACUCGAUUGAUAAAUUACAAGAAUUGAACUCUGUCUAUGAUAAGUCACUAUUGAAGAUAUUUUCGGAGUUUUGUUCUAAUCAAGAACUUGUGAAGGCCGGGAAUUUAAUUAAGGAAUUGAAGCAAGAUAGAGCAUUGAUCGCUGCUAGUAGAAUUGCCGAAAGAUUGGAAUUGGCAGACCUUGCAUCGAGAAUAAAUAGUGAAAGAGAAAAGAGAAUGGGAUUUGAUUAG